CUUCACAAAAUGGAGUGGACCAGAGGCCCUGUUCUUGGCCGUGGUUCCUCCGCCACCGUCUCCGCCGCCACCUCUACCUCGGGCGAUGUUUUCGCGGUCAAGUCGAUGGAGUUUUCGCAAUCGGAGAGCUUGCAAAAGGAGCAACAUUUUUUGUCAAUAUUAAAGAGUCCUUAUGUGGUGAGUUACAAAGGGUGUGACAUUACAAUUGAAGAAAACAAGAUGGUUUACAAUAUUUUUAUCGAGUACAUGUCGGGCGGUUCGAUUAUUGAUUCGAUUAACCGAAGAAACGGUGAAGGGUUAACCAAUUUGGAAAUUGCAAGCUACACAAGACAUAUAGUUAAAGGGUUAGAGUACAUUCAUUCAAAUGGAUUAGUACAUUGUGACAUUAAAGGGGGAAAUAUUUUAUUACAAGAAGGCGGUAUCGCGAAAAUUAGUGAUUUUGGCUGUGCAAAGCGCGCAGACCAGGCGUCCCCAGUUUGUGGGACGCCUAUGUUCAUGGCGCCAGAAGUUGCACGAGGCGAGGAACAGGAGUUCCCCGCCGACGUAUGGGCCCUCGGGUGCACGGUGAUCGAAAUGGCCACCGGUGUCUCACCCUGGCCCAAUGCCAACAACCCAGUAUCGGUUCUUUACCGAAUCGCAUAUUCGGGCGAAACGCCGAAAAUCCCAGAUGGGUUAUCCGAUCAAGCAAAGGACUUUGUCAGCAAGUGCUUGAUUAGAGACCCGAGACGCCGGUGGACCGCGAAAGAGCUUCUCGAACACCCGUUUAUUCGACAAUUCGACGAAAAUUCAAACCAAAUUGUUUGUGAACAAAUCAGAACAGAUUCACCCACAAGUAUACUUGAUCAAGACGUGUGGAAUUCAAUAUCAUCAUCACCAUCGUUGUCUCCGGUGGGUGCUGAUUUUGCGCAGCAAAAUAGUUUAUCAAACUCAGUGAGGCAAAGGGUCGAACAGUUGGUGUGCAAGUCAGAGAUGCCAAAUUGGGGGUGUGAAAAGCGGAAAGAUGAAUGGGUGAUGGUCAGAGGGGGUGACAGGUGGCGGUAGGUGGAGUGGCGGGGAAGAUUAUUGUGAGUUGGUUGGUUGUUCGUUGAUGCCACCAAAGUUAGUUGUAGAUCAAUAGCUGUAAAUUAGUCAUGGGUAUAAAACGGCACCGUUUUUGAAUUAAUUUGAUGAACAUGUAAAUAAUUAUUUUUUGAUAAAAUACUUCACAUUUUACA